AUGGCAUGGUCAAAUGCGUCCAUAUACAACAUGAGCACGAAUAAGGUGCAGGAGAAAAAUGAUCUCUUUCCUUCCGCUCUUGGACUCUCGGUCCUUCCACGUACUUUGAAGCCGGUAUGUGGCAUCGUCAGUACCGAGAAUUCGGACAGUUCCGAAAGCUCAGAGUCAGAUUCGGACAACGACGAUGUUAAUGUAUCCACGCCAUCGCAAGACUCGAGCAUCGAUGGAACACCCAUCACUUUACCACAGCGUCCCGAUGUUGCCCUGACACGGGAUGUGCAUUGGUUUUGUCCACGGGAUACACUUCCCAUGCGCCAGUCUAUGCAACCCAAGCAUGUGCCACCUUCGCACUUGACACUCAUCACGAACCAUGGCUUGACAUUGGCAUCAAGAGGUAGACCCACCGAACAUCGUCCGUCAGUUUCUUUUUCGCCGAGAUCCGAGCACCGCGCUGCAGCUGCUCAGAGGAUGUUUUAUGCUCUGGCACACUCAAGUCGACGCGAUCGCGGAAUCCAUCAGCGGCAGCAGCAGCAGCAUGAAGGCCUCUCCACGACAAAUGGAUCUUCUCGUCCUCGUGUCUCCCUGCUGCAGGGUCUUUCUGCACAGGCCCGUCGUCGACAUAACCGCGCUGAGCAUGAUCCAUCUCGCGAUGAGGUAAAGUUCUCACCUACUAUGCAUGGAACACAACAUUGUGUCAUUGCCAUGCAGUCCAGCACCUUUGAGCUGGUUGUCUCACCGCCCACGCCUAGGGCUGAUGAACAUGAAUGGCAGUACGGAUCAGCCGUGACGGGCGUAAGUAUCACAUCACACAAGAUGCCUCAUGCCACGCCACCACGUCCCCCAUCGCCUUCGCUUCAGCCACCGCCUUUCGAGCUUGCACCUGGACGAGCGAUGCAGAUUGCUCAGCGCAAAAAACUCGCGACUGCACAACACGCCAAAGCUGCAGCUUCAGCUGCCGCACAAUCUGCCGUGCUGCAGAAGCGGCGCGCAAACUUUCACAUGAAUCAGAGCAUGCCAGCUUCAUCCACCAUGUCAGCUACCUUUUCAUCGGCACCGACGCCUUCGUUCUCGGUCACGGCACGUGCGCAGCCAUCGUUUCGUGGUCCUGCACCAGACGUUGUCUCUCACAAAAUGGCACAGCGACCUACUAACGAAGUUGCCAGAUACAUUCCACCCAGUCGACGUCGAAUGACAACCGUCGCUUCCGCCAUCGCCCAGCGUCACUUGGUCCCUGCAGCGCACUGA